AUGGCAUGGAGUGACGACGAUUGGUUUGUUCACUGUAACAGCGGCAAUUGGCUCUGGAACAAUGUUGGUUUUGGAGCCCUCUUUGGUCUGCUUUGCUUCUGGACGAUUUAUGUGACGCUGAUUGUGAUCGAGAAAGCGUGGGGGAAAUUUCGACAAUGGCAAGAUUACAACCAUAAAGCAGUUCCAAUCCAAGGCACUCUAGUUCAGAAAAUUCAUCAUGAUCUACCACGGACCCGACAUCGUGCACCAGAUGACCAUACUAGUGAAGAUACAGACUCGUACUAUCUUCAUAUCCAAUACGACAUGCCAAUUUUUCUGCAGUCAGAAGAGGAGGAAGAACGAGAAGACGAGGAGGAGAACGAAGGCAACGGCGUUGGCGCUCACAAUACCGGUAGCAUCACAAGACUCCGUGUGGAGGAAGUGCGGCGUCGCAUCCAAGAGCAACGGGAGAGGACAGCAGCAAUGGCUCCUUUACUGGAGGAAUACGCUCGUUCCAAUGAGCAAUACAAUGCUCUGUUAGAUUCCAUUAGUCGACAGAUUGGAGCCGGGGCACAAGACUCCUGGAGACUGGGCGAGGAUGACUUUCGGGAUUUCUUCCAUCGAGCAGCGAUGCAGGCUAAUGUGGAUGCGGGCAUAGUUCAUCCUUUCUCAGUCGAGACGGAGAUGGUUUCCACCCACAACGGCACCAACGAGCUCUCGUAG